AUGGCAAAUAGGACGGAUCCUGACGCAAGGAGCGUCCAUGGGACCAAUCCCCAGAAUCUCGUUGAGAAGAUUCUUCGGAUGAAGAUUUACAGCUCCAUGUACUGGAAGGAGCAUUGCUUCGCUCUGACAGCAGAGUCCCUUGUGGACAAGGCGGUGGAUCUGAAGUACGUGGGUGGCACCUUUGGCGGCCAGCGCGCUCCUACGCAAUUCAUGUGCCUCAUGCUCAAGCUGCUUCAGCUGCAGCCAGAGAAGGAGAUCAUCGUGGAGUUCAUCAAGAACGAAGAUUACAAAUAUGUCAGGAUACUAGGGGCUUUCUACCUGCGGCUCGUGGGACGGCCACUGGAGGUGUACCAGUAUUUGGAGCCGCUAUACAAUGACUACCGCAAGGUGCGGCUGCGGAAUGCUGAUGGCAAUUUCGCGCUGACGCACAUGGAUGAGAUCAUUGAUCAGAUGCUCUACAGCGAGUACCUCUUCGACGUGGCCAUGCCCCGCAUCCCCAACAGGGUGACAAUGGAGCGGUUGAGCUUGUUGGAGCCGCGCAUCAGCGUCCUGGAGGACGAUUUCGACGAGGAUAUGCUUGAGGCUGAGGCUGGCAACGCUGCCGCGGCGGCGCGUGAGAAGGACAGAGACAAGGAGCGGGAGAGGGACCGCGACAGGGAACGCGGCCGAGACCGUGACCGGGACAGGGAACGCCAUCGGCCGCGCGACCGCGAGAGGGAACAUGACAGAGACAGGGACCGCCGCGAUGCUGACAGGGACAGGGGCAGGGAUAGGGAUCGCGAGCGGGAGAGGGAUGGCGAUAGAAAGAGGAGGAGGGAGGAGGAUGACAGGGGAGGCAGGAAGGAGCGCAAGGAUGGAGAUGGCAUCAGCGUAGAGGAGACCAAUGCCAUGCGCAUCAAGCUGGGCAUGAAGCCGCUGAAGUGA